AUGGCCACCAACGGCUCCAAUGGUGUCCCGCACCAGAAACCCUCUCUGCCUCCUGUGUACAUUGUCGCCGCUGCACGAACACCGGUGGGCAUGUUUCUUGGUUCCCUGGCCUCGCUGACCGCACCCCAACUCGGUUCCCAUGCUAUCAAGUCUGCCCUUGAACGAGUGCCCGAGAUCAAGCCUCAGGACGUACAAGAGGUCUUCUUCGGUAACGUUCUCUCUGCAAACCUUGGUCAAAACCCUGCCCGACAGUGCGCCCUCGGAGCUGGCCUCGACGACUCAACUGUCUGCACAACGGUUAACAAAGUGUGCGCGUCGAGUGUCAAAGCUAUUGUCCUUGGAGCUCAGACUAUCAUGACUGGUAACGCCGACAUCGUUGUGGCUGGCGGUGCUGAGUCGAUGUCUAACUGUCCCCAUUACCUUCCCAACAUGCGCACGGGGGCGAAAUUUGGGAAUCAAUCACUGGUCGACGGAGUGCUAAGAGACGGUCUGACCGAUGCAUAUGGGAAGCAAGAACAUAUGGGUCUACAAGGAGAAGAGUGUGCUCAAGACCAUGGCUUCAACCGAGAACAGCAAGAUGACUACGCCAUCCAGUCAUACCAACGGGCACAGGCAUCCCAGAAAGAAGGGCUGUUUGACUUUGAAAUUGCGCCCAUCCAACUUCCAGGAGCACGAGGAAAGCCGGGCGUUACAGUGGACAAGGAUGACGAGCCAAAGAACCUCAACGUUGACAAGCUGCGCUCAAUAAGGCCUGCUUUCAUUCCCGACAAGGGUACUGUCACUGCGCCCAAUGCAUCGCCCCUUAGCGAUGGCGGUGCAGCUGUUGUGUUGGUCUCGGAAGCCAAGCUCCAAGAACUUAACAUCAAGCCCCUGGCAAAAAUCCUAGGUUGGGGUGAGGCUGCUCACGAGCCCAGCAAAUUCACUACUGCUCCGGCCCUGGCAAUUCCUAAGGCCCUCAAGCAUGCCGGUGUCUCACAAGAUCAGGUUGAUGCCUUCGAGAUCAAUGAGGCUUUCAGCGUUGUCGCUCUCGCAAACAUGAAGCUUCUGGGGUUGAGUGCAGACAAGGUCAAUGUGCACGGCGGUGCUGUUGCCAUUGGACACCCUCUGGGUGCCUCGGGCGCCAGAAUCGUCAACACGUUGCUUGGUGUUCUUAAAGCUAAGAAAGGCAAGAUUGGGUGCGCUGCCAUCUGCAAUGGCGGUGGUGGUGCCAGUGCCCUUGUUAUCGAAUCUUUGAUGUAA